AUGAUUCAAUAUAAAGAAAAAAAGAAAGAACAAGAAACUGGUAAUUUAGCUUUGUUAGCCUAUCCAGUUUUAAUGGCAGCCGAUAUUUUUCUUUAUGAUGCGGAUUUAAUUAUUGUCGGACAAGACCAAACCCAGCAUCUUGAAUUAGCCACCGACAUCGCCCAAAAGUUUAAUAAUUUUUAUGACAAAAAACUGCUAAAAAUUCCCCAAUUUACUAUCCCUCGCUUUGGAGCCAAAAUCAUGGGACUAAAAAAUCCGCAAAAAAAAAUGUCAAAAAGCGAGAAUGAUUAUAUUGCUUUAUUGGAUAGCCCCGAAAUGAUAAAAAAAAAAAUUAGCCAGGCCGAAACUGAUAGUGAAAAUAAAAUUUAUUAUGACCCCGAAAAAAAACCAGGAGUUUCUAAUUUAUUAACCAUUUAUGCCUUAUUAAGUGGCAAAGAAAUAAAGGAGGUAGAAAAAGAAUUAAGCAAUUGUAAUUAUCACCAAUUUAAGGUUAAACUUGCUGACUUACUUAACGAAAAAUUGGGAGCCAUUCAAAAAAGAUAUAAUCACUACCUUUCUAAUGUUGGGGAGAUAUUAGAAAAUAAUAAUAAGUAUCUGAAAGGUCUAGCCGAAACAAAAGAGAAUAUUUUUCGUCUCUUUCGGGAAAUUCCACCUGAUAAAAUUAAAGUGGUAAUCUUAGGACAAGACCCUUACCACUUGCCGGAAGUAGCCGACGGAAUUGCUUUUAGCACCCAAAAACCAAACUUUAUACCCGCCAGUUUAAGAAAUAUUUUUGUGGAGUUCAGCAAGAACCUUAAUUGUGCCCCUCCAAACAAAGGAAAUUUACUUCCCUGGGUAAAGGAAGGAAUCUUUUUAGUCAAUACUGCCCUAACAGUGCGUGAUGGGCAGGCCCUUUCCCAUAUGAGGCAAAAAGCCAAAAAGAUUGGCGAAGAAUGUCAAAUCAGUAGUGAUUAUAGUUUAACUAGUGCUCAUCCUUCACCUUAUAGUGCCGAACACGGUUUUUUUGGUUCACGGCCUUUUUCGAAA